GUUUGUAGUAGUAGUAGUCGCUGUUCUGUUGUAGGGAAGUUGCGAGGUUUUAAGAGUGUAGAUAAAGGUGUGUGGCGAUCGACAACGGUGUAAUUUUUGGAAUUCGUCACAGAAAACGUUUUUUUUUAACGACUUUUGGGAUUUGGUCUUUUUUUUGAGGACAGAUUGUGAAGGAUAAAAGAUUAUUGAUAGAUUAAAACAGCAAUCAUGAAGUCAGGAAAUCCCAGUGACGUUAUUUACAAGGAAGUGGUUAUCGUAGGAAACGGCCCGAGCGGCAUUGCCCUGUCUUAUAUGCUCUCUGGAAAUCUUCCUUUUCUGGUCUCGGAUCAGCAUCCGGACGAAAUGUUGUCAAUGAGACUGAGGUCGGGCUUGCACGAGUGCUUGGUCAAACAAAAUUUGGGCCAUCUAGCGGAGGGAAUCGAAGGCAGGUCUACCAAUCCGGUGUCGCUGCUCUUGGACUCGUUGCUGCAUCCAUGUGCCGACAUCGGAAUAGAGAUGGAGCCAUUGGUGGAGUUCAAAAAGGUUGGAGUGGAGAUCGACCACGUAGUACUGGGUAAGGGUCCACCCGGCGGUUCCUGGCACAAGAUGGACCCGUACAUCCUUACCCUGUCCCUCGGAACGUGGAUGGCACUUCCCGGAUUGCCCUUCCACUCGCGGGACUCCGGCGAAAAGCGGGCCUUCGCUUGCAACGUGGCCAACUACUACGUCAACUACGUCCGAGAGAUGAACCUCUCAAAGCAUUUCAAUAACAACGCCCUCGUCACCGGCAUCUCGCCGCUCAUCCCGCCCCGGCGGGACCCCCAGGAGAGGGAACGAACCGAAAGACUGAAAGAAAUGGAUCAAAUAUACGUGUCCGAGAGCCAAAGCCUGGCGAUCCGCAUGGAAUACGAACAAAUCGAGGCAAUUCCCAGCCCAAAGUCUUGCCUCAUCUCGGACGCUUUCAACUACCUUCUAUCGAGGGGCCACAGAAAGCUCAAGCCCAGUCGGUGUUGUAAGAGACCCCGAGAAGCGCUUUGUCAGGGCCUAAGCCCAGACAGGAAAAUCCGAGAAGUUGCCCAAUACAGACCCAUGGCCAGACGAAACACGGACCGAUCUGUCAGUUUAAGCUGUGAUUCUUCUACAUGUGAUAGUUUUUCUAGUGAUAGCCUGAGGAACUCCCGUAGUUUAGAGCUGAAGAGUGCUUCGCGUGUGCCUUUCAGAAUCAGCCCAGUCUGUGAUCCCGACCAGAGGGCGAACUGGGCGGUGGAAACCCGGAACGUAGAGUCGGGGGAAAGCACGACGUACCAUUGUAAGUACCUGGUGCUGGCGAACGGUGCCAGCGAUUUGCCGAAUAGACUGGAUUUCUCCAAAACCAAGAAAGAUCCUAGCUGGCUGUUCCACGAUCUGAGGAGCCUGGAGUACUAUUUGGACCAUUAUAUCAGAGAGAAGGGGGUGGAGGAGGUGGAACCGGUGAUGAUUGUGGGGGCCGGGCUAAGUGCCGCCGACGCUGUAAUUGCCACCAGGGGCAGAAACGUGCCCGUGGUACACGUCUUCAGGAAUAAGUCGGCGGAUUUGAACAAGCAGUUGCCUGAAAAUAUGUACCCAGAGUACCAUAAAGUCCACCAAAUGAUGAAAGAUGGCGGCUCCACCUACCCCUUCUACACAGCCUACCCCGAAUACCAACUCUCUGACAUCGAUGAAAACUCUCGAUCAGUCAUUCUUACAUCGAAAUCCAGCGGCGACAUUGUAAAAAUCCGGGUUUCUUUUGCCGCCGUCUUGAUAGGGUCCCGCCCCGACCUGACUUUCCUUCCCCCAGACUACAACCUGGGCGUGAAGAAAAACGCCCCUAUAGACUGCAAAACCAACACUCUGAAAAUUGAUAAAUUGACACACCACGUCGAUGGUUUUGACAAUUUGUUUGCCAUCGGGCCGCUGGCUGGAGAUAAUUUCGUUAGAUUUAUACCAGGAGGUGCUUUGGCUGUUGUUUCUGAGCUGUACAGGAAGAACAACAACUACGUUUGUCGUUACACGUAAAUGUCAGAUUUUAUGUAGCACUUUUAUUUGUUGGCACUUUUGUGGGUUUCAUGUUGAUAAUAAGUGUUUAUGAUAGUUUGGGGUGGGUUUGCGAUUGUUUUUGACAAUAUUUUAAAUUUUCGUGUUAUAAGUGACAAUGUGAUCGCGGCUUUUUCUUAAUUUCUGUCAAAAAAACAAAAAAAAAGAACUAUCGAGUUUUGAAUAAUCCUAAUGCCAAAAAACAGUCUCACAUAGGGUUUUUUUAUUCGGCCUAAUCUGUAGAUCUACGUGGAAUGACAUUAACAAUAAGAAUAAUAAGAAUUGAAUUAUGUUAAAAAGUAGGCACAAGCUAGGAGCUCAAACCAUAUGUACAGAUCAUAAUAACGUAUUAUUGUGAUUAUAACUUAAAAACAAGACGCCAUGAAGUCAAAAUAUUCAUUUUUACAGCAGUCGUGGUCUGAAUUGCCCAUGGAGAUAAAAAAAUACCUUCCGUGUGUCGCGUGCUUGGUGUCUUAUAUAUCCCCAGCCUAAGAGCACCAUCUACUAUAGUACGUGAUGAGUUCCUGUAGCGAGUGUCUGGGAAUGUACUCGGGCAAUACCCCUUUUUCAGAUUUUUUUAAGCAAAAAAUGUCAUUUUGUUAUUGAUGGUAAUUUUCCAAAAUUAAAUAUGAUUCUAAAACAGUUGCAUUUUUAAACUCCAAAUUAUUUUGUGUUAAUGAUGACAUUUCUAUGAAUGCUAUUGCUUCGGGAAGAAAAUUUUAGACAGCCGGUAUAUAGCUGUUUAAUAAUGUUUAUUCAAAAUGGAGUUGAAUCAAAUUCUGAGAUUUUGAGAUUGUGAUACGUAAAGCGUUUUUAUUCCUUCAAUGCAUUAUCUUGACAAAGAAAAAAUGUUAAAUAUUGUUUUAUAUAGGUGCUUUCUAUACAUUUUUUCUUUUAAAUGCAAGUGAUAACACAAGGAGUUGUAAAUCACAUUUAUUUACAUUUUGCAUCAUUCCAGUGUUAGCUGUUAAGGAUUUUAUAAGUAAUUGUGAAUAUUGUUUUUAAAUUUCUUUUGUAAGUGCAAUUUAUUGUUGCUGUUUUUAUCUUUAUACUGUUAGACUUAAGUUGAUUAUUAACUGUUAGUUAUUUUACUUAUAUUAUUUUUAUAUUUGUAUAUAGAUUGUGAUGAGCUUUUACCGCCAAAAUUAGUGGCCAUGUUGGUGCGAUGAGGGUUUAUAUGCAAGCUAGUGGCAAAUUUUUUGUUAAACUUUUAGUUAGUUUUUAUCGUUCCGUUGUAGAUGUAGGAUGGUACCGUAUUUUUAAUGAUGAGCAAUAAUUGUCCUAUAUUAUGAAAUUCACCAAGUUGUUUUGUUGGAAAAAAGUUGUUUAUUUUUUUAUUUGUAGAUAUUUACAAAACAUAUAUAAAUAAAAGAGAAGAUUUUA